CACCAGACUGCAUCUUCCUCUCUUUUCAAGUGUCUGAGUGACCUGAAAGUGAAGAUGAUCAAAUCAGGAUCUCACUCAGCCUCCUUGCCUCCAGACACUGUGGACAUCAUCCGCAGCAAGAGUCAAACCCGCCGGGUGAGACUUAACGUCGGCGGCCUUCUCCAUGAGGUGCUGUGGAGGACUCUGGACCGGCUUCCUCGCACCAGACUGGGCAAGCUGAGAGACUGCAACACCCACGACUCCAUCAUGGAGAUCUGUGAUGACUACAGCCUAGACAGCAACGAAUACUUUUUCGACAGGCACCCUGGCGCCUUCACCUCUAUCCUGAACUUCUACCGCACCGGGAAGCUGCACAUGAUGGAGGAGAUGUGCGCCUUGUCGUUCAGCCAAGAGCUGGACUUCUGGGGCAUAGACGAGAUCUACCUGGAGUCGUGCUGCCAGGCCAGGUACCAUCAGAAGAAGGAGCAGAUGAAUGAGGAGCUGAAAAGAGAGGCCGAGAACAUGAGGGAGAGGGAGGGAGAGGAGUUUAUGACCACGUGUUGUUCCGAGAAGAGGAAGAAGCUGUGGGACCUCCUGGAGAAGCCAAGCUCUUCAUUUGCUGCUAAGAUCCUGGCAAUUAUCUCUAUCCUCUUCAUCGUGUUGUCUACCAUUGCCUUGUCUCUGAACACCCUUCCAGAGCUGCAGGACACAGAUGAGUUUGGCCAAACCACAGACAACCCACAACUGGCCCACGUUGAAGCAGUGUGCAUCGCCUGGUUUACCAUGGAGUACCUGCUUCGCUUCCUUUCCUCCCCCAACAAGUGGAAGUUUUUCAAAGGUCCUCUGAAUAUAAUAGACCUGCUGGCCAUCCUGCCCUACUACGUCACCAUCUUCCUGACGGAAUCGAACAAGAGUGUGCUCCAGUUUCAGAACGUCCGGCGAGUGGUCCAGAUCUUCCGGAUCAUGCGGAUCUUGCGUAUCCUGAAGCUGGCCCGUCACUCCACAGGUCUUCAGUCUCUAGGAUUCACUCUUAGGAGGAGUUACAAUGAACUAGGUCUGCUAAUCCUUUUCCUGGCCAUGGGCAUCAUGAUAUUCUCCAGUCUGGUGUUCUUUGCAGAAAAGGAUGAAGAGGACACCAAGUUCAAAAGCAUUCCAGCUUCUUUCUGGUGGGCUACCAUUACAAUGACAACAGUUGGUUAUGGGGAUAUCUACCCAAAAACUCUGCUGGGUAAGAUAGUUGGAGGAUUGUGUUGCAUUGCUGGAGUGUUGGUGAUAGCCCUGCCUAUCCCCAUUAUUGUAAAUAACUUCUCUGAGUUUUACAAGGAGCAGAAGCGGCAGGAGAAAGCCAUCAAAAGGAGGGAGGCUCUGGAGAGAGCUAAAAGGAAUGGUAGCAUUGUCUCAAUGAACAUUAAAGACACAUUAGGUGGAAAUAUAGAGCUUCUGGAUGUAUUAGUAGAGGAAGCAACUGUGAAGAAAGAUAAAGUGCAUGAUAAUCAUGUGUCUCCUGCUCAGCCCAAAGGUUCAUCCAAACUAAAGCCACAGAUGAACCCUAGUAGUCCGACAAAGACUAUUGAACCAAGCUACCAAGAGCAGGCCAAGCCCUUAAGAAGCCCACAGCAUCUCAGUGCACAGAAACUGGAGGAGACGUACAACAAGAUGGCCAAGACCCAGUCCCAACCCAGCCUCAACAGCAAGGAAAAGGUGGCGCAGGCCAAAGCAGCAAGGCAGAGAACUGAAAUUGAGAUGGGAAGUAUUCCUGCAGAGGCCAACUUCAACCCAUCAGAGGCAGUCGCAGAAAUGAGGAGCAUGUCUAGCAUCGACAGCUUCAUCAGCUGUGCCACAGACUUUCCAGAGGGCUCACGCUAUUCCCAGAGCCCCAUCAGCAACAUGCUAGGGAAGGUCAGCACCAACCCCAGCCUGGAACCCACCUUAGAGAACGAGCACGAAGGAUCCCAGGGCAAUAAUACCCCCCUGACAGGACACAGCACCAAGUCCAGCCCGUACCCUGACAGCCCCAGGGGUCUGCGCUUCAAAAACCCGCUCAAAAGCCACUCACUCAAGGUCAACUUCAGAGCGAGGGAGGAUGCAGGGACAGGGGUGCUUUCAGACAGCUCAUCAGUGCAGAGCCCCGAGGCGUCCAUCUACACUACUGCCAGCAGCAGGACGCCGAGCAAGAGCCCGGAAAAUCUACCGUUGAGCAUCUUCACAUUCCACGAUUCAUCCAUCAAUAAAUUCAUUGAUGCAGACACAGACGAGGAGGAGCACCUGCACGAUGGCUCAGGCACCAACCCAGCCCAGAGACUCUUGGAAAAAGCCAGCCCUAAGUUUGGCUAUCAUGCAGGGUCCAACCACACUGAGGGGCUGCAGAGGAAGCUUGGGAACAGCACACUGCCAAUGCAAGGGCAGGAGAACCACGUGGCUCAGGAACUACUGCCACUUCAGGGAGAGAAGAGUCACUAUAACGCUUAG